GAGAGAGUGCCGAGCAGAGUCGAUCUGUCCCGUCGCGCCGCUCCGUGCUCCGCCCCGCUCUCCCCCGAGCCCAUCAUCGCCGCCGUCCUCCCGGCCCGGCUCCCGCGCCGCAAGUGUCCUCCCGCGCCGAGAGAGCCCCGUUUUGAACGCGCUCGCUAAGCAGCGCUUGGGCUCUCCCUCCUCCUCCGCAGGGUGCGAGUGUCGCCUGGCCCGGCGCGCAGGCGCAUCAACUCUUUGCGGCCCCCGCCUCGCCCCGCCCCGCCCCACCCCGCCCGCGAGUGCCCCGCCCACCUCAUGACCAGGGAGACCACGGCAGGCUCUCUGUGCGCGACCGGCCCUUAGGCCCCACGAGGACCCCCUCCACCCGACCAUCGGCGAGGACCCUCCCCUCCUCUCCCGUCGCUGCAGGCCCUCCCCUCCGCCCCCCUCCCCCAGGAUAUUCCAAUUUAAAGGGUCUCUUUAAUAGACAAACAUGAGCUGUGUGACGUCGAGAGAAGGCCCAGGGGCGGCCCCAGUGGCCGUGGACGUAGGGGGGAGCCAGAAGCAUGGCCGCUGGCAGGGCUCCGUCAGAGCUGGCCGAAAGGACGAGAGCGGCGGCAACAACGUCUUCGACCUGGUGGACGGGCCGCUGUCGGACCUCAGCUUGGACUGCAACUGCAACGUGUGGAAGGACGACAUGGAGUGGGGCUACGCCGAGAACAAUGGUCCUCUCACCUGGCACCGGAAGUACCCGCUGGCUCUGGGGCCGCGGCAGUCCCCGGUGGACCUGAGGGGGUCCGACGCCCGCCCCGACACCACGGCGCGCCCGCUUCACCGCCGCUACAACCCGCAGGCCGGCUGCUCGCUCAGCAACACCGGCUACGGCUGGAAGGUGCAGAUCUCGGGCCCGACUGCACCCCGCAAGGACGACCUCAUGUUCUGGUUCUCCGAGCUGAGCGGCGGCCCCCUCAGCUCCCGCUACCGCCUCGAGCAGUUCCACAUGCACUGGGGCGGCUACGACAACGAGGGCUCCGAGCACACCGUGGACGGCCAGCCGUUCGCCGGGGAGCUCCACCUCGUGCACUGGAACUGCGACAAGUACGACUCCUUCGGCGAGGCGGCCGCUCAGCCUGACGGGCUCGCCGUGCUGGGCGUCUUCCUGCAGGUCGGGCAGCCCCUCAAGGAGCUCGAGAAGGUGACGUCCCUCAUGGGCAAGAUCACCCACAAGGGGGCGCACGUGGACAUCGACGGGGAGCUGGACCCGACCAACUUGCUGCCAGCCAAGUCUAGCUACUGGACUUACCUUGGCUCUUUGACCACGCCGCCCUGCAACGAGAGCGUGACUUGGAUCGUCUUCAAGGAGCCCCUUACCAUCUCCCAGGAUCAGCUCGAGACCAUGCGCUCCCUGCGCUGCUUCUCCGAGGGAGAGGAAUGCCCCUGUGAUAACCUCAACGGUGUCCUCGUCAAGAACUUCCGCCCCCCGCUGCCCCUGGGCAACCGGGUUCUGCGCGAAUGCGCCGAGUGACCGGUGCCUUGAUCUCACGGCGGGAGCGGCCUGCAGGCGGCUGGGCGCGGCGGACCGCAGCCCCUCCCCGCCACCCCCGCCGCACCCAGAGGGAGGGCUGCUGUUGAGCUGCCGAGUGCGCCGCCCUGCAGGAGUGGAGCAACAUCACCGUUAUAGUCACUCGUUUUAAGAUUACUCACUAACUAUGAAAAUGGUUUCAAUGACGCAGAACAGAUAGAUACCCCCACAUUUCUGUGAUUGACCAGGAAUAAUGUGUUGUUGUUGUUUUUUACGUAUAGUUGGGGACCAAAAUUAGUUACAAAUAGUAAGCUGCGAGGACUUUUUUAAACUGUUUUCGUUUUGUUCCUGGCUUUCAAAAGUUGCAUUAAAAGCAUUGCUGAAGACAUUCGACUAGAUGCAUAACUUUUCAAAUUUUCUUGUGUCAAGUAUCUAGCUCCAUUGCUUCCAGUGCGCCCUCCAGCUUAAGGAUCUGAGACUGUAAUAACUAAUAAUAUGAUGAUGCAUUUAACACAUCUCCAGUAAUUUUUGGACUGUUAAUUAAAUUACUUUGAUGGUGUAGUACCAAGAACAUGUGACAAUUAGUUCAUUCCAAUAUACAUAUAUGUUCUUUUUUAUUUUUUAAAUUAUUUAACAAUUUUUAAAACCAUAAUCUUAUUUUUAUUAGUUAAUUUUUAAUACCUUUCUGAACAUACAUCUGUUAUAGUAACAGUAUUAUAUGCAAUGCGUACUUUACAUCACAUCUAUGAAAAUUGAUGUUUACUCAUUGAUUUGCAAAUAAACUUGAUCAAGCGUGCUGUGACAUUAAAAAUAGAAAAAAACAAACAAUUUUAGUAUUUUUCUGUGCUGUUUGAUUAUGAUCAGAAAAUAUUUUUGUAGACUGCACCUGACGAUUAAAGUAGUAAUCAGAAGA